UUCACUUCACAUGUCUGGCAACCAGAUACAACAAACACCACGUGAUAGAUACAAGCGAAGCGAAAAUUGGGCGCAUUUUUGUGUUCGGAUUUGACGUGCGUGUUUAGUUUCAGACUUCGUCAACACCGGUGCCUCACUUGUACCACUGUUUGUACUGCUCGCGGAGAGUCUAAACCGUAACAGCAUGGAUCCAGAGUGGAGAAAUGCUGAAGGCGAUGAGAGUGAUAACGAUGAGUAUACUUCAGUUAGAGAUUAUAAAGCAGGCGUCGACGGUGUGAUAUUCCUGAUAGAUGCUUCUGAAACUAUGUUUGUGGACAUGGAUGAUGGUGUUCUUUUUUUCCAUUGCGUGAAAGCGGCAAGGUGUACCAUGAUGAAUAAAAUUAUAAGCAGUCCCAGGGACCGAGUUGGAAUCGUGUUCUUUGGAACGAAAAAAAGUGAGAAUGCCGGGAGUUUCCAGCACAUUACGGUUUUCCAAGAUAUGGAGUGCCCAGGUGCUGAUGCUAUCAACAAAGUGGAAAAUCUUAUUAAAGAGGGAAAAGCAAAGUUCAAGUCAGAAUAUGGCCAUGAUAGCUUUUCUCUCAGUGACGCUCUAUGGGCCUGUUCUAUGCUCUUUAGGAAACACAAGUUCAGUGAUCAAAGAGUACUACUGUUCACAAACACUGAUGACCCACAUGGUGGUUCAUCACACUUGGACCAGCAAGCUAAGACUAAAGCCCAGGACAUGGCAGAGGCAGGAAUACGCAUAGACUUGAUUCAUGUGAAACCGCCGGGAGGAACAUUUCAAGUAGACAAGCUUUACAAGGACAUAGUCUCCCUGGAGGACGACGAGAUGUACGGAGACAACCUUCCAGAUGCGGCCUCCAAGCUUGAUGAGCUUCUGACGAGGACUCAGAUGAAAGACCAUAAGAAGAGAAGAGUUGCUGCUCUGGAGUUUCAUUUGGGAGGAGACAUGAAAUUUGGGAUAUCUCUGUAUAAUCUGGUAGGAUUAACAUAUCGUCCACCAUCAGUGCCACUCGCGAAGGCCACUAACGAGGAGCUCAAGAAGAAACGUUUCACUUAUGCCAUGUGCACCGAACCAUCAAAAAUAUAUGAUUCUGAGCAGAAUUCUCGCGAAAGACGACCCAACCCCAUCCAGAAACCAGCAAAACCACCCAUGAAAAAAGAAGACAAUGGAGAGAUUGUCAUGCCUUCCAACAUCUCAAAGUACCAAGAAAUAGCUGGGAAGAAGAUCUACUUCAAUCCUCCAGAACUCAAAGAGAUGAAGGUCUUGGCACCACAAGGAAUGCAUCUGAUGGGAUUCAAGCCUCUUCACUGCUUCAAGCCUUACCAGCACGUCGCACGUGGAAACUUCAUUUACCCUGAUGAGCAUGCCUACCGUGGAAGCACACGCAUCUUUGCAGCAUUGUUGGAUGCGUGCACACGUCAUAACGUUGCACCGGUCUGUUACUUUGUCCCAAGGCGAGAUCAGAGCCCAAAGCUUGUCUAUCUUCUUGCACAGAAAGAAGAACUGGAUGAUGCUGGAGCUCAGGUGGCACCCCCAGGCUUCCACGUGGUAUACUUACCAUUUUAUGACGACAAGCGGCGUCUCGAAAAGCUGGACCACAAAGCCGACCCUGGAAUUGAGCUGGUCAACAAGGCGAAAGAUAUCACUCAAAAGCUGAAGUUCACAUAUCAUCCGGACAACUUUGAGAAUCCAGAUCUGCAAAGGUUUUGGAGCUGCAUUGAAGCACUUGCACUCGAAAAGGACGACGUGGCACCCACAAAGGACUACACAAAACCUAAUUAUGAGAAGAUAAAAGAACGAGCUGGGAGUGAACUAGAAGAGUUUAGAGAAAUGGCCAACUUGGAACUCUCUGCUGCAGCACCGAAGAAACGUCCCCCUGCCACAGCGGGAGGGCCUAGCAAGCGUGCGAAGAAUGACAACAAUGCUGACAAAUCUCUCGAUGUCCGCAAAGAAGCGGAGCAGGGCAGGCUCAAGAGCUUGACUGUGAACGUUCUCAAGGAAUUCUGCAAGCAAGAAGGGAUCAAAUGUCCACAAAAAAAAGCAGACCUUAUUGAGGCCAUUGAGAAACACCUGGGCAUUUGAAGCCUCUGGGUACAUGUUUGAUUUCUUGUUCACUGUGUCUGAGUACAGUCUUUUCCUUUUGUGUUUUGUUUAAACACAUGUACAUUUUUUGUUUCCACAUUCUUAUUUUGUAAACACCUGGUUGAAUGCACAACUUGAUGCAUCAGGUUCCUCUUGUUCGGAACAGAAGCAACUGUACGGCUAUAACCACAUAUGAUACAUAGAUCGGACACUAAAUUAAGGAUAACAACAACUACAAGUUAACAAAUAGUUUAUUAACAAAAAUUACCGAUUGUGCUGUUGCAGUGCUAGGGAUCAGGUUGUCUCGGAAUCAAUGCCAGCUAGCAAUCAUGUCCUGUCAGUACCGUCCUGUGCCUGUUCCUGGCUGUCAUGUUUUGGCCAUCUCUCAUGAUCUGUUGUAAAUAUGACAGACAUCUAGUGUUUCAGUUUCCUUCUCUGCAUGAUUAUAUUGCUGUGACAAUAAAACUUGUAAAUAUUGGA